AAAUAAGAAUGUCUAAGCCCCUGGAGCUGGAGAAGGCGCGACUGGACCUACAAGAGGAGCACACAGAUACAGAAAGAAAUGGACCGGACUCAAACCACCAGACCCAGCAGAGCAAACCUUCCCCGUUCUCCCCGUCCCCAACCAGUACGGGCAGCAAGAUCAAAGCUGAAGACCCCCCGGAAAUGCCUCCAGCUCCAGCGCCAGCUCCGGCUCCUCCAGUUCAGCAGCCGCAUCUCCCCCAAGCCCAGCUUAUGUUAGCUGGUAGCCAACUGGCUGGGCUCACGGCGCUGAUGCCUGCCCAACAGCAACUGCUUCUGCAGCAAGCCCAAGCGCAGCUCCUGGCAGCUGCCGUGCAGCAGUCCAGCGCUGCCGCAGCCGCCGCCUCCUCCCAGCAGCCUGGGACAGAGCUGCCGGCCCCACAGAACCAGCCCCAGACUCCUCAGCUUGCUCUGUCGCAACCCAUCCAGCUGACUGCACAGGAUAUCCAGCAGCUACUCCAGCUCCAACAACUUGUCCUUGUUCCAGGACACCAUCUUCAGCCCCCUGCCCAGUUCCUCCUACCACAGGCUCAGCAAGGACAGCAGGGGCUGCUCCCGACACCAAAUCUCUUUCAACUACCUCAGCAAAACCCAGGGAGCCUCCUGCCGAACCAGCCUCGGGCGGGGCUCCCAGCACAGCAAGUGACUCGGCCUGGCCUCCCCGAGUCUCACCUCGCUCACGCGCAGCCGCCCAAAUGCCUGGAGACCCCGUCACACCCCGAGGAGCCCAGCGACCUAGAGGAGCUGGAGCAAUUUGCCCGCACCUUUAAGCAGCGGCGUAUCAAGCUGGGCUUCACACAGGGUGACGUGGGGUUGGCCAUGGGGAAGCUUUAUGGGAAUGACUUCAGCCAGACAACCAUCUCACGCUUCGAGGCGCUGAACCUCAGCUUCAAGAACAUGUGUAAGCUCAAACCUCUGCUGGAGAAAUGGCUCAAUGACGCUGAGACAAUGUCUGUGGACUCCACGCUUCCCAGCCCCAACCAGCUGAGUAGUCCCAACCUGGGCUUUGACGGGCUGCCGGGUCGGCGCCGCAAGAAACGGACCAGCAUCGAGACCAAUGUCCGCUUCGCAUUGGAAAAAAGCUUUCUCGCGAACCAGAAGCCUACCUCAGAGGAGAUCCUACUUAUCGCCGAGCAACUGAACAUGGAGAAGGAGGUGAUCCGCGUCUGGUUCUGCAACCGCCGCCAGAAGGAGAAGCGGAUCAACCCCUGUAGCACUGCUCCCAUGUUACCUGCCCAGGGCAAGCCGCCUGGCUACAGCCCCCACUUGGUAACCAGCCCAGGCAGCGGCACAAGUCUGCCCCUCUCCCAGGCUUCCAGUAGUCUGAGCACAACAGUUACUACCUUAUCCCCAACGGUCUGCUCUUUGACCCCCAAUCGGACAGCGGUGGGAGCAGGGGGCACUGCCCUCAACUCAGUCACGCCGCCCCCAAGCAACAGCACAAAUCCUAGCCCCCAGAGCAGCAGUCACCCGGCGAUCAGCUUGCAAGGCCUGAAUCCCAGUACGGGAAGCACAGUGCUAGGGGUGAAUGCCGGGUUAAACCCUGCGCUAAUGGCCACCAACCCGCUGGCCACCAUUCAAGCAUUGGCCAGUGGUGGAAGCCUGCCGAUUACCAGCCUUGAUGCCAGUGGUAACUUGGUCCUGGGUACCACAGCGGGCACGACUGGCAGUCAGAGCAUUGUGACGUCGCCGCUCUUCCUCAACCACGCAGGCCUACCCUUGCUGAGUGCUGCCUCUGGAGGAGUGGGGCUGGUGUCAGCGGCUGCUGCAGUGGCUGCCUCCAUGCCCAGCAAGUCCCCCACCUUGACCUCCUCCUCCUCUUCCUCCUCCUCCUCCUCUUCCUCCUGUUCUUCAUGCAGUUCCUCCAGCGACCUGGCGCAGACUCUGGGGCAGGCGGGUCCCGGAUCCACCGAGCCGGAUGCCAAGACGGAAUGA